AUAUUGUUGGAGACUUAGGAGUUCUCUCUCUCUCUUACACAAACACACACAAAUGGAUUCAGUACCUGAAUUCAAGGUGCUUGAACGCUGCCAAAUCUCACCACCACCGGGCUCAGUUUCUCCAACAUCUCUUCCUCUCACCUUCUUUGACAUACCUUGGCUUCUCUUCCCUCCAAACCAACCGCUCUUCUUCUAUGAUUUCCCUCACUCCACCACUCACUUCAACCAAACCUUCCUCCCAGCUCUCAAACACUCCCUCUCGCUCACCCUUCAACACUUCUUCCCCCUCGCCGGAAAUCUGACAGCACCACCGCUAUCCACCAAUCCCCACCUCAGUUACACAGACGGAAACUCUCUUUCCCUCAUCAUAGCCGAGUCCACCGCCGACUUCCACUAUCUAUCCGGCCAUCACCAUCGCCAGGUCGAAGAUUUCCACCACCUGGCCCCUGCGCUAUCACCUUGUUUGUCAUGUGACCCACAUGCACACCCACUACUGGCUAUCCAAGUUACUCUCUUUCCCAAUUGUGGCAUUUGCGUUGGAUUCAAAUAUCACCACGUGGCAGCUGAUGGGAGAACAUUCAACAAUUUCCUGAAAUCUUGGACGUCCAUUUGCAGUAUGCUGAUUCAUCACUUGAGUUUGCCUGAGGUGAACAAGAACAAGUUGUCACCAUGCUAUGAUAGGUCUGUGAUCAAAGACCCGAAUGGGUUUGAGUCAAUCUUAUUGAGAGAGUGGUGGAACCCAAAAAAUUCAGAAAAAGAAGUCACCUCCACCAAUGCUUUUGAUGACAUGGUUCGAUCCACAUUUGUGAUGGGUCGAACUGAUAUGCAGAAACUCAAGCAGUGGAUCAUGACCCGAUCCAAAAAUAUACCCGGGUCUCAUCCGUUGCUUCUAUCACCAUAUGUCCUAACUUGUUCACUUGUCUGGGUAUGUUUGAUUAAAACUUUGUGGGCUGAUAAUGUGAGCAUGGGGAAGGAUCCGGAGCCCCACUAUUUCGGUUUUAUUGCUGGUGGUAUUACCCGCUUGGAUUUUCCAGUUCCCACAAAUUAUUUCGGUAAUUGUGUUGGAUUUGGCAGAUCAAUGGCAAUGAGGAGUGAGUUGUUGGAAGAAAAUGGGAUUGUUUUUGCAGCGAAAGCGAUAGGGGACACAAUCAAGAAGUUGGAUAGGGGAAUUUUGGAAAAUGCAGAGAAUUGGAUUAGGGAGUGGAAGGUGUUUUCCAGUUCGGAGCUUCAUGUUAUGGUUGUCGGGUCACCAAAAUUGGAGCAGUAUGGAUUGGACUUUGGGUGGGGGAAGCCAAGGAAGAUAGAGGAAGGCUCAAUUGAUAAGACACGUGCAAUAUCACUCUGUGAGUGUAGAGAUAUGGAAGGUGGCAUUGAGAUUGGUUUGGCUCUUCCUAAGGCUAAGAUGGAUGCUUUUACAAAAAGCCUCAACCAUCUCUUUUGAAGUCCAUUUAUUACAUGAUGUCUCUUAUCACCCCACUCUUCCUGUCUGUUCCGUGAAUUGAAUGUCCGAGCGAGGACAAUUUUUAUUCUGAUGUCUCACCUAACUCUCUCUCUCUCUCUCUCUCUCUCUUUCUGUGCAUGAUCUGGCAUGGCCGAGGAAGAGGACAACUAUUAUUCUGAUAAGUAGGGACAAUUUGGUGGGUUUGUAUUGGAUGAAUACUUUUUAUAAAGAG